AUGAACGCCUACGAUCCAGCCAGCCAGCCCCUGUGGGACUUUGGCAGCGCCGGCCAGGCUGACUACUCUGCCCUGGGUCAGCUCGGCGACGACCAGUUCCUCGACCUCCUCCAGCGCCAGUUCAACCCCGAUGCCUUCAACCCCGUGCCCCCCGUCGUCGACGCCGUGGACCCCUCCAAGAUCUCGGCACUGCCCCAGCCCGGCCCGCCUCCCCCGCUCAGCGCCGACUCGUCCCCGUCCCCCAGCUCCGCCAACGAGCACUCCUCCGCCAGCCGCCGCCAAUCACAGUCCUUCGAUAACGCAGACACCGAGCGCAAUAAACGCAAGGCGCCCGUGGACGACGACGACGAUGACGACGACGAGCCGAGCCAUAAGAAUGCCAAGAAAGGGACGACAAGGCGUAAGAGCGGACAGGACGAGACCCGCCUGCAGAAACGCAAGGAGCAGAACAGGGCCGCCCAGCGCGCCUUCCGCGAGCGCAAGGAGAAGCAUGUAAAGGACCUCGAGGACAAGGUGGCCCAACUAGAGCAGAAGAACGAGCAGAGCCAGACGGAGAACACGCAGCUCCGGGAACUGCUCAAGCGGCUGCAGGACGAGAACGUGAUGCUCAAGCAGGCUCAGUUCACCUUCUCCGUCCCCAAGCCCAACACCCAGGACGCCCAGCCCUUCAACAACGUCGCCACCGCCUCCUUCGGCAGCGCCCCAGGCUCGGCAUUCGGCGUUCCCGGCCCGAGCACGGGCGCUACCCCGCCCUCAGCCGCCUCGGGCACAACACCAAAUUCGUCGUCCCUCGACACCCCCAGCUCGUCCUUCCCGGCCGAUAUUGAUUUCGGCUCUCUCACGAGUUUCGACCAGACCCAAUUGUCUCUGCUCGACGAGUCGGGCGAUACCAACAUGACAUACGAUUUCGGCUACGGAACACAUUCUGCUGGUUCCGGCUCCCUUCCGUCCGCGACGCCUUACAAGACAAUCGCGAGCAACCCGAUGUUCAUGUCUUUCGCCGACCCAAGUCCGCCAUCAGACUUCGGCGGCUCGCCCAGCUCCAAUGGCUCCAAACCCGCAGUGUUAGAUCUAGGCGCCUGGGGUGCAUCGCCCGGUUCUAGCGUCAACGGGUCCAACAACGGUGGUGCUCGCCGCGACGACAACGCCAGGCGGCAAAACUCGUUCGACGAACUCUUCGGUGGCCAUAUGUUCGGCGCCCAGAGCCCGAUGUCGCCGGAGUCCUUUACAUCGCUUAUGGCUGGCCCGGGAAGCACGACGCUCAGCCCUGUCUUGCACGCACAGCGCAGUCCGGCUGCGUCGGCAUCGAAUCAGCCGAGUCCCGCUUCCAACGGUUGCGGGACGGAUAGCGGGCAGUGCCCACGGACGCGCGACGAGUUCCAGCAGGUCGUGAACCGUGCGGGACCUAGUCCCUUCGCGCCGGCGCCGAGUCCCACGACCAGUACGAACAAGGACAGCGCGGCGGCGAGUCCGGCGUCGAAUGUGGCCAAGGGAUUCCAGAGCGACGGGUCGAGCAUGAUCAUGUGCAAGGGCGCGAGCUUCCCGCCGACGGAGAAGCGGGACGAUAAUGUGGAGGUGCUCGCGGCGUGGAGGAAGAUCACGACCGAUCCUUCGUUCAAGGCAUCCAAUAUCGAUAUCAAUGAGUUGUGCGCUGAGUUUACGGAUAAGGCGCGGUGCGACGGCACGAAGAUCGUGCUGGACCAGAAUGGCGUGAAUAUGAUUCUUGAACGGCUAAGGUCGAAGAUGCAGUCGAAGACGGCAUAG